AUGUCCGCACACAAACGUCAAAAGUGGAAGAAAUACAACGGAAAGACGUUGUUUCAAUGCUUCAUUUCUUGCGAUAACAUGCCUACUCUCGACCCCAAAGCCAAUCUUUCAGGAGAAGGAUGCAACACUGAUGAAGAGAAGGCAAGAAACCGUAAACGAACAUGGCCAUAAAAACUUAUCAGAAUUAAAAAUUAAUAUGAUCACGAUGAAAAAGACUCACUGUUAUCAUUUUUUCAAAAUUUUGUCAAUUAGCUACCGAGAUUUUUUUUUUGCUUUUUCGCUUGCCCGCCUAGUGAUUAAUGCUCAUACUUUGAUCUAAAUUUAUCAUUCAUCGGCUUCACAUCAUUUUUUUUUUCUGAAUAUGAAAACUGUUUCUGUUUGUGAGUGUUUUGUGCAGACUCUCGCAUUCGAUGAUGACGCGACUUCGGCAAACGUGGACCCAAAGUGAGAUGACGAGUUUAUGCAUUCGACAAGGCGACUUUAGGUACGAGAAGAUCACCGACACGCUGAUGAUGGUCAAAGGGAAGCGCUUCGGAUUACGGAUUCAGUUGGUUCACGGCCGAGUCAUUGUCUGCCAAGUGGAGGAAAGUUAGCUUCCUUCCAAAUGCAUUUUAAAACGUGGCUGGUUACAGACUCGCUAGUUAUGGGUUUCUUCAAAGUUGGAGAUCAGAUCGAGGCAAUCAACGGCAGUCACGUCAGCGACAAUUCUCAGUGCCGCCGGCUGCUAAUCAGUGCCCUAAACGUUUUGACGAUCAAUUUAACCACUUAAAUUAUAUAUUUUUCAGAAGUUUGGUAAAGUCGAAGUCACAAUUUCUCGUCCAAAAACCGCUGAUGCACUAGCCUCCGUGAUAGUAAGAUCUUUUUUUUUAAUUUCUCACUUUUUGAUUUAGGAAGAAAUAGCGUCAACAAGGAUGUCACAGACAAAAAUUGCACCCUAG